AGGACGAAAGACGUGCGCAAAUCGCACGGAACCGCGCGCGCGAAACUUUGCAAUGGCGGGAAAAUGAUCACUUUCUAACCUUAACUAUUCUAUCGUCAAUAAAUAAAAACAGACAUGUUAUUUAUGUGCAUAUUAAAUUAAAGUUAUGUUGUGUUGAAUGUAAAAUAAAAUUUGAAAAUGGUGAAAACAUUCACAUGGGCAAUGUGGCACUGGUGUUGGUGUUUAUUAAUAUCAUCGUUCGAUAAUUCACGAGGAGAGAUAUUCACACUGGGAUACCUGACCGGCUCUCAGAGACGACCAGGCGAUUUUACUUAUGAAAGACCAGGACGAGUCAUCUCAGGAGCUAUUUCUAUGGCUGUGGACGAAGUGAAUGAGAAGUUGCUGGGACCGAUGGGACAUUCUUUGGAAUUCAUCGUCGCUGAGACUUACGGCCAGGAAGAAGUUUCCAUAAAACAGGUCGCGGCUUUGUGGGCAUCCAAUGUAUCCGCGUUCAUCGGUCCGCAAGAGACGUGCGUGCACGAGGGCCGCAUGGCCGCCGCCUUCAACCUGCCCAUGGUCAGCUACUUCUGCCGCGACGUGGCCAGCUUCACCCACAAGCGGGACUAUGCGACGUUCGCUCGCACCCGGCCAUCCGACAUCGACAUCUCGCGUGCUGUUGUUGCAGCCCUCACGCACUUCCAAUUCAUGCAUAUUUGUGUGGUGUACCUAUGUGCGCCGAACCACGACUACACUCGGCUAGCAAAGGCUAUCAUAAAGGCAGCUAAGGAUAGGCAGAUAACAGUACUAUCGGCCAGAGCUUACAAUCAGCCGUACUUCUAUGAAAAUAUAAAAGAAAAUGUGACCCGAAAUCCUUUCAUAGACGUAGUUAGAGAAACAUACAAAACCACAAGAAUUUACGUGUCCGUGGGUCUCUACCACGAUCACAUUGGACUCAUGCUGGCUCUGGACUCUUUUAAAUUACUGGAUUCAGGCGAGUACGCGGCAAUCGGCGUGGAUGUGGACAAAUACGAAGUUGAAGAAGCAACCCGCUAUCUAUCAGGGCCUUUACGUAACGAACCCUCUUCAAGAACUCUUCAUGCGUUUCGUUCAUACCUCGCCGUGGCACCGUCCCCAUCGCCGUCGUACCCAGUUUUCGCGAGGGAAGUUAAUACUAGACUCCAACUGCCACCGUUCAAUUUCACCAAUCCAUUACUCAAGUUAGGAGGUGGGAAAGUGAUCCGCGUAGAAGCAGCGUGGCUCCAUGACGCGGUGUGGGUAUACGCGCGGGCACUCGCCACCGCUCUCAGCAUAGGAGAAGACCCGCGCGACGGCAGGGCUCUGGUUCAGUACAUCAGGAACACCACUUAUCGCAGCGUCAUGGGAUAUUGGGUGCAUAUGGAUGAGAACGGUGACGCGGAGGGUAACUACACUUUGUUAUCAAUGGACCCCGACAGACCUCCAGGACUCUACCCGCUUGCAGUCAUGCACAAGAACGCACCGGAAUUGAGAUUCAUGCGGGAAAUGAGAUGGCCGGGCGGCCGGGUGCCUCUCUCGGAGCCGCCGUGCGGGUUUAAGGGAGAAAAGUGCGUCAGUCACGUGGGUGCUUGGGCAUUAGGUGCAUCUGGAGGUACUCUAGCGUUGCUGGCGUUAGCUGCACUACGCGUGCGCAGACAGCACAUCGAUAUCAACAGAGAAAUCAAGAAGGAACUUAAAAUAAUGCGGGACUUGCAGCAUGACAAUUUGAACGGCUUCGUCGGUGCGUGCAUCGAGCCGCCCAAUAUUUGUGCUCUUUCUGAAUAUUGCACAAGGGGUAGUUUGAAAGAUAUCUUAGAAAAUGAGGACAUCAAGUUGGACAACAUGUUUAUCGCGUCACUGGUCGGAGAUAUAAUCAGAGGCAUGAUAUUCAUACACGAAUCCCCACUGCAAUACCACGGUGCUCUGCGACCUUCAAACUGUCUGGUGGACGCGCGCUGGGUGGUCAAGCUGGCGGACUUCGGCCUUCGGGAGUUCAGGAGGGGAGAGCUGCCGCCCUCGGAACCCGGGGCGCUUAGAGCACAUAUUGAAGGGCUGCUGUACCUGUCGCCCGAGCUGCUCCGCGCGGUGGGCUGGGGGCGGGGCGGCGCGGCGGGCGCGCGGGGCUCCCCGCAGGCGGACGCGUACGCCUUCGGCCUGCUGCUGUACGAGCUGCACGCGCGCCGCGGCCCCUUCGGCAGCGACGCGCCGCCCGCGCCCUCGCUGCUGCGCCGCCUCGCCGCCAGCGACACCCCGCCCCUCAGACCUCCACUGGAAGCGCUGUCGGGCCGGUUCGAUUGCGUGCGCGAGUGCUGCACCGAGUGCUGGGCGGAGGAGCCGGCGCUGCGGCCAGACUUCAAAGCCAUCAGGGCCCGCCUGCGCCCACUCAGGAAAGGCAUGAAACCAAAUAUAUUUGAUAAUAUGAUUGCAAUGAUGGAGAAAUACGCAAACAACCUGGAGGCGCUAGUGGACGAGCGCACCGACCAGCUGCAGGAAGAAAAAAAGAAAACCGAGGCGUUGCUGGAGGAGAUGCUGCCGGCCCCGGUGGCAGAGCA